AGCCAGGCCUCAGGAGCGAGACCACCAAUUCAUUGGUUCCAUCUUCCGCCCCAUCUCCACCGCUGUAAUUCUCCCAGGGUAUUUUGACAACAAUUGAAAUUUCAGUCAAGAGGAGUAUGGGGGCGAGUAGCGAUCCGACUCAGGAUGGUUCGGACGAGCAGCAGAAGCGGUCUGAGAUAUACACUUACGAGGCACCCUGGCACAUCUAUGCCAUGAACUGGAGCGUCCGCCGCGAUAAGAAGUACCGGCUGGCCAUAGCCAGCCUCCUGGAGCAGUACCCGAACCGUGUGGAGAUCGUUCAGCUGGACGAUUCCAACGGCGAGAUCCGCUCCGACCCAAACCUCUCCUUCGAGCACCCCUACCCUCCCACCAAGACCAUCUUCAUCCCUGACAAGGAGUGCCAGAAGCCCGACCUCCUCGCCACCUCCAGUGACUUCCUCCGCGUCUGGCGGAUCUCGGACGACCACCGCGUCGAGCUCAAGAGCCUCCUCAACGGCAACAAGAACAGCGACUUCUGUGGGCCCCUCACCUCCUUCGACUGGAACGAGGCCGAGCCCAAGCGCAUCGGCACCUCCAGCAUCGACACCACCUGCACCAUCUGGGACAUCGAGCGCGAGAUCGUCGAUACCCAGCUUAUUGCCCACGACAAGGAGGUCUAUGACAUCGCAUGGGGCGGCGUAGGCGUCUUCGCCUCCGUCUCCGCUGACGGCUCGGUUCGUGUCUUCGAUCUCCGUGACAAGGAGCACUCCACUAUCAUCUACGAGAGCUCCGAGCCCGACACCCCCUUGGUCCGCCUCGGCUGGAACAAGCAGGAUCCCAGAUAUAUGGCCACCAUUAUCACGGACAGCGCCAAGGUCGUCGUCCUCGACAUCCGCUACCCAACGCUACCCGUCGUCGAAUUGCAGAGGCAUCAGGCCUCCGUUAAUGCCAUUGCCUGGGCUCCCCACAGUUCCUGCCACAUCUGUACGGCCGGCGACGAUUUCCAGGCCUUGAUUUGGGACUUGUCCUCCAUGGGCCAACCUGUCGAGGGCGGCUUGGAUCCCAUUCUCGCGUAUACGGCCGGGGCAGAGAUCGAGCAGCUGCAAUGGUCCUCGUCCCAGCCAGACUGGGUUGCCAUUGCUUUCUCCACCAAGCUUCAGAUACUUAGGGUAUGAUGUGUACUCGUUUUUUUUUUUUUUCUUUUUUUUUUUAACUUACCACCAUGUCCAUCACCAUGACAUAGCGAGGUUGAGUUUGCGAUAAGAACGUUCUAUGCCUUGCCUUCAGCUGUCUGUUCGUCCUUUGGAUUCAAAUCCAAUGAUUAUAGUAGUUUUCCUAUUACGCCGCUCUGCAUGAUGUUUCUGUAUUGCUCAGAGCUAGCAAGUCCUUUUUUGGAUGUUGAUGCUAAUUUUGGAUGCAAUCUUAGGACUUUAAGGACAUAUAAGUUUUGCGAUGCAAUAUGGUCAAGGAUCAACUCGUUUGCUUCCUCUUGGGUGUCUACCCUUCAAAUUCCAAAACGUUUGCUUUCUCUAGUAUUCUGUGACACUAUUGAGAUGUUAUUGGAAAGGAUGAGCAGCCGGAGAAGUCUCUUGUAUUGGGUUGAUUGUAUGCAUUUGAAAAGGAAUGUAAUUUUCCAAAAACUUCGAGGUAGCACGCAUUAGCCGACUAUAAUAGAUUCAUUUCUCAUAUGAAGUGGAGAUCCCUGAUACAGCCUAAGGGCAAUGUAAGAACAAGUCGGACCCAGAAAGGGACCUGAUCAUGAAUAAAAAGAAUAUUUGAUGCCAUUAAUGGUGAUCAACUUGCUGACAGGGAAUGUCAUCACUGUUAGGGCAAAAAGGCAAAGAAGGCUGAACACAGUUUUUACCUAAGUCAUUGUGUUCAGCACCUAUAACAUCGCCCUUCAACCUUCGUUCUUGUCUGGGGUGGCUUGCAGCUCAGUGAUCUAAUAAGUACUUCUAAAUUGGGACCUAAAUGUAAUCUUACUUCCUUGUGAUUGCUGAUGGAAGUAUUUCUUCAAGAUUGCUGGCCUCUUGAAUAUAUAAAGGAACGUGGGGGAUAUGUUCCUUCCUCUUUCUGAA